GAUUGAUUUUAUACUCUAUCCAUUGAGUCAGUCUUUCGUUGCACAUGAUGUAGGGAUUCAUCAAUGUGACGUACGAUUUAUUGGGAGAUGGCUAAUCUCGCGAGAUUGGCCAUAUACUCCAGACCGCUCCAGACCAGAUGGACUAGACCGAGACGGCAGCAGGAUCAGUGAUCUCAGUUUGCAUUUCAUUAACGGCAGACAACGGUGCUCGAUCUAUGCUGCACAGUUACCGUUAUAUGUAUUGAGACGACACAAAAAAACGACGUUGUCGUGAGUACGCUAUAUUUUCCCGUGGACCGCUACAUUUAGGCGGAGACGUAGCCUUGCGAGUGUUGAAAGUAGUUUACGCAUAACUCCUUGCUAGAAAAUAGAGAAAUACAACAAAGGACUUCGAAAUAGUAUAGAUUUAUUUUUCUGGAAAAAAAACCUUGAUGUUCCGAGGAUCCUUUACCUUUUUUGAAACGGCCACUUCAGAGCCAGAUGCCAUUGAGCACGAUCAGCGAUCCUCGCCACCUUUGCUGGGAAAGUGCCAACUGCUCGGGCCAUGGUGGGCUGUUUGAAGAAUACCACAAGGAACUUUAAAGGGAUCUCGCACCCACUCCAGUAUUUAGGGGUCGUUUCAAAUGCACAGGCCAAUUUGGCCUGCGGCGAUUAUUUCUAUAUCCACGGCGAUGGCAGCGGAGAAAGGACCCGAUAUAAACAGUGUGUCUGUGUAAGCCUGCCACUGAACAUGCCAUAUCCCUUCUCCCACUGGAGGGGUGCGAUAUAGACAAUAGGACAAGCUGUCGAGUUUAUCUCGCGCAGGGUCUAUUUUUACUCACGCAUUGGCUAUGGAUAAACUCACCAUCAUAUCAGGAUGUCUUUUCCUAGCUGCAGACAUUUUUGCGAUCGCGAGCAUUGUCAACCCGGACUGGAUCAACACCGGAGAAUCCAGCGGUAAGUUAGGCUCCCUCACGGUGGGCCUGGUGCGUCAGUGCCAGACCAUCCACGGACGGGAGCGGACCUGCAUCCCGCCGCGGCUUCCCCCCGAGUGGGUGACCACGCUGUUCUUCAUCGUCAUGGGCAUCAUCUCCCUCACGGUCACCUGCGGCCUGCUGGUGAUGUCCCACUGGCACCGGGAGGCCACGCGCUAUGCCCGCUGGAUCGCCUUCACCGGGAUGGUUCUGUUCUGCAUGGCGGCGCUGAUCUUUCCCAUCGGGUUCUACAUCAGCGAGGUCGGAGGUCAGCCCUACAAGCUCCCCAACAACACCGUGGUGGGCUCCUCCUACGUGCUCUUUGUGCUCUCCAUAUUUUUUACCAUCGUGGGACUACUGUUCGCCGGCAAAGUCUGCCUGCCGGGCUGAAACCUCAGACCCCGUUUUGUCUGCGAACGGCCGAGGAGACAUUGCCGCGAAACAGAACUGGACCCUCGCGCGGUUUCAGUUGCGGAAGAGAGAACUUUGAAAAACUCGAGGAUGCAACUUGGGAAAAUAGUUUUGCAGAUUUCUUUGUCGAUAUUUAUGUUGUAGGGACGUAGCUAGCCUCCAGGACGACGUAGUUGCGUGACUGCGUCGUACCAAAAUGUCCCGCCUUCCUCAGACUUGUGAGGUCACCAAAUGCAAACCGGGACCACCGGAGGAGGCGUCUUUCAUCCCAGUGUUCUCGUGUAUUCUUUGCUUGGCGGAGGCGUCAGAAUAUCAAGCUAAGACGCCAGCGGCUAGCAGCCAGGAAAGGUCAAAGGUCAUGUUUGACGAUGAAUGUUUUGCGGGAUAAGGAGCCGGUCUCUUAUGUUGUUGUUUUGUUAUAAAACAAUAAAAAUAACAGAUCACCCCUUAAACAGAAUGUUACAGUUUGUGUUGUUUGUUUCAGCAUUCUACUUCAGCCGUCAUCUGUACAAACUAAAACAGACCAUUUGUUGUUAUGUUAUAUUUCUGGAAGCACUGUGAUACUCAUUAAUGAUUUUGAAAAUAUCAUUAAAAAUAACCCACGGAAACCGCCACUUACCCUACCCUUUUAAUCCAAAUGAAUGGAUAGAAUGCUGACGUAGCAUGUCACCUCUGCCCUGCACUUCACAUCCAAGACACCAGACCUGUGGGCUCCGAUAUCCAAACAAAGGGGAAGGCCUUGCUCAGCGCAACCUUCGUCGUUGUUACCAAAGCAAGUUGUUUUUUGUUAUUUCAUUCGUUUUUGGGGUUCCAAGCAAAUGUAUUUUUGAGAUCCUCUCCGGGGCGCUAAGUGAUGUUAGAGCACACGCCCUGAUGUGAUGUCUACCGGGGAAUCUUAAAUUAGAUCUGAGUCGAUUUCAGGACCGCCAAAGCUAUGAUCAUAAAAAGAUCACAUCUUUAGAAAACGGGGAGUAGGCUCAAGGCUUGUUCACUGUGAUUCAAAAAUAAGUGAUGAAAAGAAAAAAAGGGCUAUUGUACGAGAGGGUUAUGCAACGCCUAAUUAUAGAUUAUUCCUGUGCAAGCAACUAACCUUAAGCGUAAGGCUGGCUCCAGCUGUUACGUCCCACACACAAACAAUCUCGUCCCUUUCACGAGAGCCGUGUGCAGAAAAAAAUAAAAGCAGUGCCCAGGGAACAUACAGGAUGUGUUUGGGUUGCUAUGGGAACGGCUGAAAAUGAUCUGCUGUGUGUGUGUGUGUUCAACACCCGUUUCACAGUUGAGAUCAGCUGGGGGUGGAGGUGUGUGGAGUUGGCUGGGGGGGAUGGGUAAGUGUCUUCUCAUGAAGGUCAUCUCGGGGAAGGGGCCGCUGUGAUACAAUAGAAGGUCCAUGAUGUUCCAGCGACGGCGCCUCUCCCACUGCCCUUCUCCCCAGCUAUACGGCUCCUUCAAGGGCU